GGUAAAUAUCUCUGCGUGUUUAUAAGUUCAUGGAUAGGGCGAAGUCCGGUAGUCCUUUCCCUCAAAGACUUCGUGGAGAUGGCUGAACGACUGAACACCAUCCGCAACCACUUGUGUCAUAACAGAGUUCCUCUGCCGACGACACAGGUGACUUCUGCUUCUCUGUCAUUACCCAGCAGUCAGUUUGAGUACACACUAGAGUCUCCAUUGCUAAGCAAGGAACAACGGGCGUUCUAUGAGAAAAAUGGAUUCUUGGUCAUCAAAGGAUUAGUUCCAAAAGAGGACUUGGAGAGAUACAGGUCCCAGUUUGAGAAGAUCUGUCGUGAUGAAGUCAGUGUUCCAGGUAUCACCAUCAUGCGUGAUAUCACAAUUGUCAAGACAGAGUAUGUUGCUGACCAGAAGGCUAUUACCAAGGUCCAGGACUUCCAGAAUGAUGAAGUUCUUUUCAGCUACUGCAGCAAACCACAGGUUGUAGACUAUGUGGAAGCCUUUGUUGGUCCCAAUAUAAAAGCUAUGCACACCAUGCUCAUCAACAAACCACCAGAUCCAGGCAUGAAGUCAUCCCGUCACCCCAUGCACCAGGAUCUGUACUACUUUCCCUUCCGACCAGCAAAUAGGGUCGUGUGUGCCUGGACUGCCAUGGAGAAAGUCAACAGACAAAAUGGCUGUCUAGUAGUUCUGCCUGGUACCCAUAAGGGCCAGUUACUCCAGCAUGAUUACCCUGAAUGGGAGGGUGGUGUGAACAAAUAUUACCAUGGUGUUCGUGACUUUGAUCCCAAGUCACCCCGAGUUCACCUUGAGAUGGGACCAGGAGACACUGUAUUUUUCCACCCACUGUUGAUCCAUGGGUCUGGAAUGAACAGGACAGAGGGAUUCCGAAAGGCUAUUUCCUGCCACUAUGCCAGCGGUGAUUGUCAUUUUGUCGACGUGAAGGGUACUGUCCAGCAGACCAUUGCAGAUGAAAUCGCAGAAAUGGCUAACAAGAAAUAUGGCAUUGCUAAGGAAGAUGUAGACUUUACGGCAAUUUGGAAAAUGAGAGGCAGAGACAUCAGAGGGGACUGCUCAUCCUGGUGAAGUGGCAAAGAAAAUCGUUUAUAUCCUUAAGAUAGUCUGAUCUAGAAACAGGAAACAGUCUGAGGACUGUUGUGGUGGACAAACAUUUGUGUUAUACUUAGACAGUGAUUUGUCUUGAUUUUCCGUGAUUAGAAGAUGUUAAACAAACACAAUACAUUUAAACAAGACCUGUGAUGCUGACUUCUUAAACCCUCGACUCUUCAGAAAUCAUUGUGACUAGUAAAACUUCAAUAUUUUCUGAUAAUUAUGUGCCAAUGUCUUUCAUGAUUUAACCUGAUGAAUUAAUGACACUUUUGUUUUCCGAUUGAUGAAGUUAAUUGCUUGAUGCUUAAGUGUUGUACAUAUACAUAUAUUUACCUCAUAAAGUUCUGUUGUUUCCCUGUUUUGUUGACUAUCUUGUAGUGUAGACAUUGUCAAAGUAAAUUCUCUGCCUUUUCUUUUUCUAGAAAAAAAAGACUUGUAUCCUACUGAAAUUUUACUACGUUUUGAAAUUAAGAUGUUUGUUAGAUUUAUUAGUGAUGUUGGGAAUAUACUGAACUUAUUUUACGACAUCGAUAUACCUAUAUACUUUUUAUCUAUGUGCUCUUUGUUAGAUAAUGUUCAUUGACAAAAUAAACAUAGCUGUAAAACAAAACUAGUCUGACAGACAGAGACAGAGAAUUUCAAUAGAAAAUUAAUCUCAAUUUUGGGUUGUUUAACUGAGGUGUAUGUCCGAGUUACUGAGACAUAUAUCCCAGUUACUGAGGCAAUUGUAAAUCAGGAUAUAAAAUUAUGCUGAUUUUCGCAGAUUUUUCUUCUCCAGUGUCACAGUACUUUUAAUAGCCCAGUAAUGAAUAUAAUAUUAUGCAGGUGUGUUAAUGCUGAAUUUUGAAACAGAUAUUUGUAGUUCCGACAAAAUAACUAUUUGAGUAUUUUAGACUUCAGUAUUAUAACCUAUCGUGGGCUUUGUUAUAUAAUAAUAUAUUGUGUUUUAGUUUACAGUUGUUAAUGCUCCUGUUAUUGUCAAAUAUAUGACUGGAUGAAAUUAUAAUUAAAGUAUGAUUAUUAAUAUGA